GAGUGGUUGCCAUAGGAACGAGGAAAGCCGAUCUAAGGAUUACAGCAGACAGUCAAAGUCCAAGCAGCUUGAUUAUCACAGCCUAAAAUCAUUAAUAAAGAGCAUUUGAAAAUAUCAAAACCGUCAUGUCCUCUGUUUCCCAGGAGCUGAAAGACACUUCAGUCGCCAGCUCCAAAUGGCUUGAUGCUCACUAUGACCCAGUCGCCAAUCUAUACACCUUUUCCUCUUGCAUUGCUCUUUCAGAUUUGCACGGAGAUGGUGAGAAUAAGCUGGUAGUGGGUGAUCUUGGCACAGGAGUGUGUAACAUGAAGCUAAAGGUGUACCGUGGCACUGGUCUUUUGAGUGAAAGCACACUGCUGGACUUGCCCACUGGCCUGGUCUCUUUCCUCAUGGACCUGCACGAGCCACGAACACCAGCCAUCGCUGUGGCCUCUGGUCCCUUCAUCUACGUCUACAAGAACCUGAGGCCCUACUUCAAGUUCACGCUGCCUAGUCUGGAAGUGAACCCUCUGGAGCAGGACGUCUGGAGUCAGGCCAAGGAGGACAUGAUUGAUCCAGUGACGCUUAAAGAGAUGUUAGAAGGUUUAAGGGACAAAGCUGAAAUUCCACUCUCUGUCAGAUCACUACGGUUCCUCAUGCUUGAGCCACAGGAAAUGGAGAAUUUCGUUCUUCUUCACAAAGAACAGCCUAUACGUAGACAGACAGUCAUUACCUGUAUAGGGAUGUUGAAGAAGAACAUGGCAGAUGAGGAUGCAGUUAGCUGCCUGGUGAUUGGCACAGAGAACGGUGAUGUUUACAUAUUAGAUCCAGAGGCCUUUACCAUCCUCUACAAGAUGUCGCUGCCUAGUUCACCUACCCUAAUGGAUGUGACGGGUCAGUUUGAUGUGGAGUUCCGUAUCACUGUGGCCUGUCGCAACGGCAACAUCUACAUACUACGCAGGGAUUCCCCGAAGCCCAAGUACUGCAUUGAGCUGUCCUCUCACCCAGUGGGACUGGUGAGGAUGGGAAAGAAUGUAGUUGUAGGAUGUACUCAUGAGACACUGCAUGGUUAUACUCAAAAGGGGAAAAAGCUGUGGACGGCUUAUUUGCCAGCCCCUGUUACCACUAUGGCGCUGAUGGAACUUCCCACACGAGGUUUCCAGGCUGUGCUGGUGGGUCUGGCCAACUGUGAAGUACACAUGUACCGAGACAAAAAUCUGAUCAGCACCAUCAAGACACCAGAUGUAGUGACAAGCAUUUGUUUCGGGCGUUAUGGACGGGAAGAUGGCACUCUGAUAAUGACCACCAAAGGAGGAGGUUUGAUUGUGAAGAUCCUCAAGAGGACGGCUGUGUUUGAUGACAGGGACUCGGCCACUGGACCUCCAAUAGCCCAGAGCAUUCGUCUAAAUGUGCCCAAGAAGACCAAGCUCUACGUGGACCAGACCUUGAGAGAGCGCGAAAAUGCAGUUGCCAUGCACCGAGCUUUUCAGAUGGACCUGAGCAGGUUGCGUCUCGCUGCAGCACGGGCCUAUGUCAAAGCCCUGGAGUCCAGCCUCACGCCCAUGUCAGCGAGCCUGACCGAGCCGCUCAAGAUGAACGCUGUGGUUCAAGGGUUGGGCCCAUCCUUCAAGCUUACACUGAACAUCCAGAACACUGCAGCGUGCCGUCCAGUCAUGAACCUAGCCAUCAGUUUCCUGUACGAUGAAAAUUUGUACAGCAUGAGGACGGCCUUUUUCAAGAUCCCCCUACUGGUUCCAGGGCUGAAUUACCCCAUUGACACGUUUGUGGAGUGCUUGAGUGACAAAGGCAUCUCUGACAUCAUCAAAGUGUUUGUGCUGAGGGAAGGAAAGAGUGCUCCUCUCCUCACCGCCCACAUCAACAUGCCUGUGAGUGAAGGACUUGCACUGAACUGACAGCGAGUCGGACACGUCUAGCUGAGCUUCACAGGCGUCUUCAACUCUUGCUGUGCUCCUAGCAGCAGUUAGGCUUCUCCAUAGAGCUGCCUGGAACGGAGAGCUUUUCAUCACGGGAGUUAAGAGAAGCUUGCGCUGGCCGAAGAGCCGGUGCUUCCUGUAGCUUAGAUCAGGAUUGAGGGAGGCAUGUCCUCACAGGUAAUACCUCUGUACCUUUUAAUGGCUAGUGAUGGAGCGUUUGAUUGAUAGCUGCGAGGCCUUGUGCUCCAUAGGUCAUAUAGUUUGGAUGUAAGAGACAUUCUGAUGUUUAUUUGUGGUAGUCAUAGUCAUGUAUAUUUGUAUUUAAUUGCAUAUUUUUUAUUCUUGAUGUAAUGAUCACACACUUUAUAACACAAUUAUGAGACUUUAUUGACUCACUUUUAUUUUAAAAUAUAUUGAGAAUCAUUGCAUAAACAGCCUGUUUAAGGCAAUGUGGUAAGAAAAAGAUUAUUCACUACUUUUAAAGCGCACACACAAAUGAAAGGGCGCAAGGCACAAGGGUGAAAGGUCACAGGAGACUGACUCAAAGCCUCAAUACUGACCAAUCCUGCCUUAGCAACUUCACUAUAUUAUCAGACAAGCUUUUGCUCUUCUUUUCUGUAUAUCUGUGGAAGUGUUUAGAUAAUUUCUGUAAAAUUAUGCUUAAAAUUAUCUGGGUUUACAGGUAAUAUAAUAGUAACAUGGUACCCAAAGAGGACGGACACACACAAACACCAUAUUUUCCCCUUUUCUAAAUCUUUAAGAGAAAAAUCUGAGUGAGCAUUAGUAACCAAAGGGGGCAGAACUUUGGAGAAAGGUCAGUUCAUUCUCUAUUUCAGUUAUACUCUUACUCCUCUACACUACAGUGACGUAAGUUCAAAUGUUCUUUGGCCCAGAUACUUUUUUGUCUAAAUACUGCUUGCAUGCAUGUAAACUUUAUAUACACUACCAUUUAAAAGUUUGGGGCCGGUUGGAUUUUUUAGUGCUUUUGAAAGAGUCCCGCAUGCUCAUCAAGACUGCAUUUAUUUGAUCAAA